GUUAGAAAUUUAGAUAGUGUUGCAUUAGAUGAAUCACAAGAAAUUUUAUUAAAAAAAGAAUUAGAUACAUUUAUAAAUGAUAAAGCUUUUUAUGAUAGAAUUGGUAUACCUUAUCGACGCGGUAUUUUAUUAUAUGGGAGUCCAGGGACAGGAAAAACCAGUUUGAUAAAUGCCAUUUCUUCGCAUUUAUCUCGUGAUACUUAUUAUUUAAAUCUCAAGGGUAUUUCGAAUGAUAAUCAAUUAAGCGCUGCAUUUAGUUCGGUUCCUGCUAAUCAAAUUAUUGUGCUUGAAGAUGUUGAUACACAAUCAACAGUUCUUCAUAAACGAACAAGAAAAAAAUUAUUUUUUAGAUGUUUGGACGGCAAUAUUUUGGCUGAAGGAAAUAUUAUUGUGAUGACAACAAAUCACGUUGAACAUCUCGAUCCUGCUUGCAUUCGUCCUGGUCGUAUGGAUGUA